CACAGCGCCUCGCUCGGCGUUCGGUACCGCGCGGGAGGAGGAGUGAGGAGGAGGUGAAUGAGGUGAAUCGCAUCGCAGAGAAAGAUCAAGGAGCGGAGCAAUCAAGGAGAUCGUUGAACCGGGGAAGCAAGGAAUUUCGGGAAGUCGACUCGACGAGAAAGAGUCUAACCUUGACCUCUCGGCUGCAACGCGCCUUAACAGGUGCACACCGUUUACCUGGAUUCCAGAUCGUCAGAUCGCUGGAUUAAUAUCGACGUAAACAAUGGAUGACUCUCCACUGCAAAAAGUAGAGCUGCAAACAGAUGUCUAUAUGGUGUGUUUGCAGCAUGCUUUAUCCACAGAGAACUUUGAAGUAAUGGGCUUGCUUAUUGGUAAUUUUGCUUGUGGAGUAGCAAAAAUAUCAGCUGUUAUUAUUUUGCGACGUCUAGAUAAGAAGAAAGACAGAGUUGAGAUUUCGUCAGAACAAUUAUUGAAAGCUGCUAACGAAGCUGAACGAUUAACGGUAGAAUUAAAUCGACCUAUGCGUGUCCUUGGCUGGUAUCAUUCGCAUCCACAUAUUACAGUUUGCCCAUCACACGUUGACGUCAGAACUCAAGCUACUUAUCAAACAAUGGAUCACAGUUUUGUAGGCUUAAUAUUUUCAGUAUUUUCAGAAGGCAAAGAAUCAAAAGAGCACGAAAUCUUCUUAAAUUGUUUCCAAUCGGACAAUGGUGAAGCUACAGAGAUACCAUUAGAGAUAGUACAUACCCCGGAUAUUUCAGAUAGAUGUUUAAGAACAAUGACAGACUUGUCAAAAAUUUUGGUACAAGAAGAAGAAGAUAUGGCUGAAGCCUGUAAAGAUCAUCCAGAUGUUCUCGCUAGUAUUCACAAUAAUGCUGUAAGGACACGUGCAUUGGUUCAUAUAACAGAUAUUAUUACAAAACCUUUGGUACAAACAUUUGAAAAGAGAAUAGCAUUAAAUAAGUUGCGUACUGUACAUCUCCGAAGACAACUGCAAGAACUACAAAAAAUGUGUAAUGGAUAAAAAUUUUUUCAGAGUCACUAAUGAUAAAUAAAUAAUUUGUUUUUCUUAAUAAACUUUUACAUAAUAAAAAUGAAACUUUAGAUGAAAAAAAAUAUUUACUGAAUUGAAAUUGACUAUAUUUUUCAUAAUUUGGCAUAUUUUAU